CUGCGGCAUCUCCGUAGCUCAGCGCGGGGCGCAGGGGCCGCUGGGAAGAUGGCUGGAGUGGGCAUGGCGGCUGUGGCGGCCAGGGGUCCUUGUCGGAGGUGGGGCUGUACGGCCGUCUCCUUCGGCUUCCACCGUGGCCUCUGCACGUUACUCGUUCGGAAGCCCGAGAAGGCGCCACGGUGGUUCCCAGCUUGCAGACAAAAGGCAUCAGUCUCUUUCCUUAGUCGACCAGACCUUCCAAAACUGGCUUAUAAGAGACUAAAAGGCAAAAGUCCAGGAAUUAUCUUCCUCCCUGGCUAUAUUUCUAAUAUGACUGGUACAAAAGCAUUGGCGAUUGAGGAGUUUUGCAAAUCUCUAGGUCACGCCUAUAUAAGGUUUGAUUACUCAGGAGUUGGACAAUCAGAAGGUAACUUAGAAGAGUCUACAGUAGGAAAAUGGAGAAAAGAUGUUCUUUCUAUAAUUGAUGACUUAGCUGAAGGACCACAGAUACUAGUUGGAUCUAGCCUCGGCGGAUGGCUUAUGCUUCAUGCUGCAAUUGCACGGCCACAAAAGGUUGUGGCCCUUAUUGGUAUAGCUGCAGCUGUAGAUGGCCUAGUGACAGAGUUUAAUCAGCUUCCUGUUGAGGCACAAAAGGAAAUAGAGAUGAAAGGCGUGUGGAGCAUGCCAUCAAAAUACAAUGAAGAAGGAGUUUAUCACAUUCAGCAUAGUUUCAUUAAAGAAGCUGAACACCACUGCUUAUUACAUAGCCCUAUUCCUGUGAACUGCCCUAUAAGAUUGCUCCAUUGCAUGAAGGAUGACGUUGUAUCUUGGCACACGUCCAUACAGAUUGCUGACCGAGUAGUCAGCACAGAUGUAGAUGUCAUCCUUCGGAAACAUGGUGAUCACCGAAUGAAAGAAAAAGCAGACAUUCAUCUUCUUGUUUGCACUAUUGAUGACUUAAUUGAUAGGCUUUCAACUGUAGUUACCUAGAAUCACUUUUGUAAUCGGUAUGUAAACUAGUGGAUCCAGAAGAUCCUGAUAUUAGGUUUUUUUCCUCUUACCAUUAUUUUGUAGAUAUCACAUGAGGUUUUAUUUAAUGAUGUCUUUGCACUUAAGUGAUAUAAAUUGUGAAGAAAGUACAAUUGUUCCUCUAUACCCUCCAGGGAUUGGUUCCAGGACACCCUCCACCUCUUGGAUACCAGAUUCUGAGGAUGCUCAAGUCUAUUAUAGAAAAAUGGCAUAGUAUUUACAUCUAACCUGCACACAUCCUACUGUACACUUUAAAUCAGCUCUAGAUGGUUUGUACUACCUACUCCAAUGCAAAUGCUUUGUAAAUAGUUGUCAUACUGUAUUGUUUUAGGAAUCAACCUUCUGGAGUUUUUCUUUUUUUAAGUAUUUUUGACCCGUGGUUGGUUAAAUCCAGAGAUAUAUAACCUGCAGAAUCAGAGGGCGGAAUAUACCAGCUGCUCGAAAAUUGGAAAACUUUCUUCUUCCUUCAGUCCCUGAUUUUUUUUUCCAUUAUUAUAUUUCCUAUAUUUUUAUUCAAGAGAUGUUUAACUUCUAAUGCUUUUGUUAACUGUGUCAGCUUUUAAUUGUGUUCUCGUCUCCUUAGAAUUAUUAAUAAAGCUUAAAAUUUUCGUA